CUCCUCCGCCCUGUCCCUGCGGCGGAAGCCCCGUGCGGCCGGGGCGGAGCGCGGCGUCGCGUGGAGCUGAUGCAACCCGCAGCCGGCGACUGGAGAAGGGCCGCGGGGCCGCCUCGCCGGGGGUCGAGUCACGUUUGUAAAGGCUUGACUGGUCAAAGGCUGACACGAUGGGGGAUGAGCUGACCCCGAGGGAGAAAUGCCACCUGAUCACCCGGAACCUACAGGAGGUUCUCGGGGAGGAUAAGCUGAUGGCCACCCUAAAAGAGCGCGAUCUGAAGGUGUACUGGGGGACAGCCACAACAGGAAAGCCUCACGUAGCCUACUUCGUACCUAUGUCCAAGAUUGCAGACUUCCUGAAGGCUGGAUGUGAGGUGACGAUCCUGUUCGCUGACCUCCACGCAUACCUAGACAACAUGAAGGCGCCGUGGGAGCUGCUGGAGUUGCGCACGCAAUACUACGAGACCGUGAUCAAGGCCAUGCUGGAGAGCAUCGGCGUGCCUCUCGACAAGCUGAAGUUCAUCCGGGGCACUGACUACCAGCUCAGCAAGGAAUACACAUUGGACGUCUACAGGCUCUCCUCUCUAGUCACCCAGCACGAUGCCAAGAAAGCUGGAGCAGAGGUGGUGAAGCAAGUAGAGCAUCCCUUGCUGAGUGGUCUGCUCUACCCAGGACUGCAGGCCCUGGACGAGGAGUACUUGAAGGUUGAUGCUCAGUUUGGAGGAGUGGAUCAGAGGAAGAUUUUCACCUUUGCAGAGAAGUACCUGCCCUCUUUGGGCUAUGCCAAGCGCCUCCAUUUGAUGAACCCAAUGGUUCCGGGGCUGACAGGCACCAAGAUGAGCUCUUCGGAAGAGGAAUCGAAGAUCGAUCUUCUGGAUCAGAAGGAGGACGUGAAGAAGAAACUGAAGAAGGCAUUUUGUGAGCCAGGGAACGUGGAGAACAAUGGCAUUCUGUCCUUCAUCAAGCACGUCCUCUUCCCACUCAAGUCAGAGUUUGUGAUAUUGAGAGAGACAAAAUGGGGAGGAAACAAAACCUACACGACUUAUGAAGAGCUGGAAAAGGACUUUGCAACUGAGGUUGUGCACCCGGGGGACCUGAAGAGCUCGGUGGAAGUGGCCCUGAACAAGCUGCUGGACCCCAUCAGAGAGAAGUUCAACACCCCAGAUCUGAAGAAAUUGACCAGGGCAGCGUAUCCUGAUCCAUCCAAAGCCAAGGCUUCAGUGAAAAACUCCACCAAGAAUUCAAACCCUGAGGAUGUGAUCCCGUCCCGGCUGGACAUCCGUGUUGGCAAAGUGAUCAGUGUGGAAAAGCACCCUGAUGCCGACAGCCUGUACCUGGAGAAGAUUGACGUGGGUGAGCCCGAGCCACGGACGGUGAUCAGCGGCCUGGUGCAAUUAGUGCCGAAGGAGCAGCUGCAGGACAGGAUGGUGGUGCUGCUGUGCAACCUGAAGCCCCAGAAGAUGAGGGGAGUGGAGUCCCAGGGCAUGCUGCUGUGUGCUUCCAGCGUGGGGGAUCCCCAUCAGGUGGAGCCCCUGGACCCGCCAGCAGGCUCCUGCCCAGGGGAGCGUGUCUACGUGGAAGGCUAUGACAGCGGACAGCCUGAUGAUGAGCUCAAACCCAAGAAGAGAGUCUUCGAGAAGUUGCAGGCUGACUUCCGGAUCUCUGAGGACUGUGUUGCCCAGUGGAAGCAGAAGAAUUUCAUGACCAAGCUGGGGAACGUCUCGUGUAAAACGCUGAAGGGCGGGAACAUCAGUUAACAAGUGCCAGCCCGUCCCCCUUGUCCUCUCCUCACCUGUUGCCAUCCACUGCUCCAUUUUGGGUUCUCUUCCCCCAACUUCCACCACAAUCGCUGCAGGGCCACGCUCGUCCCACGGCAGCAUGCCUCUAAGUGAGGGAGCUUUGGCCCAAAGCACCUGGGGCUCGGAGGCUGAAUGUGUGAAAUGCAGUAGAUGGUUCACACCUUGUAAUUGAACUUGGGCAGGUUUGGUGGAGAACCCGCCUCCAGAAGCAGCCUGUUUCCCUUUGAGCUGUAAUUGACCAGUUCCCACCCAGCUGAUCUCUGGAAAAAGCCAAGCAUGACUCAGGGGGACCAUGUAGCUCCUGAGCCCCCAGCGGGAGCUAGGGCUGCAGCCAGUUGUCUGUUUCCCCCAUGAGUCCUCCUAUGUGCAGCUCUUCUGAUGUGUCUGAAGCAGGGUAACGCUGUGAUUUGUAAAGCACGGGCUGUCACCUGACUUUCUGUGGGUGGAUCCAGUGGCUUUGAAGGUUGCACUGGAACUGGCUGGCAGCUGCUGCUGUUGGAAAGCUCUGGUAAUUUUAAAUGCAGGUAUUUAAAGGGAAGAAUGGUCGUUCAAACCCGUGUAGUUCGUAACAGGGGAAGAGGGACUGCAUGGCAUCCUGUGUAAUGACCGUCACCCUGCAGCUGCCUCAGCCCCACAUGUGCUUGGUGCAGGGCUUGAACUGUGAAGAUGAUGGGGCUGGGCCUGUGGAGGGCACGCAGAUGCUCACAGCUGCUCUAACAGGCAGCAGGGCUGCUCUGGUGAGCCUGUCCCUGGGCUUGCAGAACAGGGUUUUGGCGCUCAGCCCAUGGAGCUGCAGGUGGGGUCCUCUCCCUUUAGUGUUGAAUCUGAAAUCAUCCGUCAAUUGUUAAAAACCCAAUAAAGUGUGAAACUGACUGAGGUGUGGGGGGAUGGGACUGUCUUGCUGGAGCAAACAGCUGGAUCUUAGAAUGCGUGGGCAGGAUUAACUGCGUUGAGCCUCCUGCCAGCCUCACUCCUGAGUGUAAAGUUGGGUGAAGGUGCCAGCCUGGGAACUCUGAGUCCUCUCCCCAGAAAGGGCUGGCGCAGGCAGGGGCCUGCCUCUAGGGGCAGGAGGGGAAUUCUAGCCACUUCUUUCCUUCUGCUGAGCCAUAGCUCAGCUGCAGAGCAGAGGGUGCCAGCUGUGCUGGUGUCAUAGUGCUGUGGACACCUGUCCUCCUGCACUCGCUGACUCCACACAGGCUCCUCUCAGCUGGUCCUACCUUUCAGGCCUAGAGACUGUUACUGAGUGGAUUUGUUUGCCUGGGGAGAUGCUAGAGCCUUUGUCAGCAGCAGAGGCUACUCCUGCUCCUUCUUUCACAUGGCAAGGGGACCUGUGAAAGCAACAGCAUGAUUGCAGUUGGAUCUUACGGUCUCUUAUCCUGUGCAGAGCAGAAGGGGUAGCCAUGUGAAUGGCUGAAACACCUCCAGGAUGAGCAUGGAUUGGGCAAUUGUCCAUCUGUGAAUGGGUUUCAGCGAUGAGGGGGUUAACCCCUUGGACAACUGGGAGGGGCAAUGCAAGGCAGUUGUCUCCUGCCAGUUGGUCGAUCCCUGCUUCAGGUGAGGUUUUACACUGCCACCCUCUGGGGGGUAGCUGGGCACCUGCUGUGCAAAAGCAACAGCUGAGGCCCUAGUGGACUCCAGCAAGGUUCUGGAACGUCUCCCUCGUUAGGGUGAAAAACUAAACAGCUUGUGUGUCUGUCUGGGUGACUCAUCUGUUCCAGGCUUUUGGGGAGGAGGGGUGAGUUGUGCAAAGAGGGGUCUCCCCGUUGUCACUCCAGCCACCCUAGAGGAGGGAAACCCCCAGCUGUUAGCCAAGAAGCAAAGGAGACAGCCAAUUUCAAUCAUCUUUAACCAAAGAGACAGAGCUUGUAACUGUUACUCUGCAGCUUCUCAAGGCAGAUGGUUUUUACAAUCAAGGAAAUCAAAGCAUGACCCCAUGUUUAAAGAAACAGAAAUCAAGGUGCCUGCCUCUAGAGACCAGGGAUGAAUGUAAAACUCAGGCUUUUGGUCUCAUUUAAUGCUGCAUCCAGUGUCACUCCCUGCUACAGGGUAUCUGAAAAGUUUCUCCCUCCCCCAGGGCUGUCUGUGUACACACAGGGCCUGGCUGGGGUGAGGGCACAACUCUGAAAUUACAGAGUAUGAGGGCAGUGGAAUCUCUCAGGGUAGAGAUUAUGGAGCUUGGAGAGGCCUCUAGGGCCUGGCCUGAGAGUCCAGAUUCUCCUCCCUUGGACCCAGAAGGCUGGCAAUGUGGGAGGAAGCCCUUCCUCCUGUCCCAGACAGGCCCUGGCUGGUUGCAGCUCAAGGGAAAUCGCACCCUGCAGUGACUGAAUCCUCCCCUGCACUUCCUGCUGAGCACCCCAGAUUCACAGGGCAGCAGCUUGGGGCUUGUGCUUUCAAACAGCUCAAAGAAAAUGGGGCUGAACGCUCCCCUAAGGAGCCACUUGUGGCUAACCGCAGCUUUGCUGGGCCCUGAGACAGGGGCACUGCAGGCUGCCUGCCUGAUUAACUGCUUGCUUGGCUAUAAAUCCCUUUCCAGCUCCUCAGCCAGCAAAGCUGUAGCUCAGAGGUGGGCAAACUAUGGCCCACAGGACCCUCCUGCCUGGCCCCUGAGCUCCCAGCUGGGGAGGGUACCCCCCAGCCCCUCCCCUGCUGUCCCCCCUCCUUCGCAGCCAUGCCACACCGCCAGCGCAACAUACUGGGUGGCUGGGCAGUGCAGUUGCAGAGCUGUGGCCUGACCCGGGGCUCUGGGUGGCGCGGCCGUAGCGCUGCCAGCAACCGGUGCUCCAUGCAGCAUGGUAAGGGCGAACGGGGGGUUGGAUAGGGCAGAGGUCCCAGGGCAGUCAGAAGGAGGGGGGGGAUUGGAUGGGGCAGCAGGGGACAGGGAGUGGUGGAUGAGGGGCAGGGGCUGGGACAUGCCUGGCUGUUUGGGAAGAGACAGCCUCCCCUAACCGGCCCUCCCUACAAUUUUGGAAACCCAGCGUGGCCCUCAAGCCAAAAAGUUUGCCUGCCCCUGCUGUAGCUUGAGCCUCAGCAGCAUGUAACAUGAAGCAGCUUGAGUCUGGUUUGUUCAGCUCCCUCGGGACUAGCAGAGGGAUCCUCCUAAGCCCUGCUUCUCCCUGCCCCCAAAAGAACUUCCCAAGGAGCCCUUGCAGGCCUGCCCCAUCCCCACCUUCUCAGAGCACGGCACAGCCAAAGGGACAGUAGAGCCAGUCAGGCAGGGCCCCCCGUAACCUGCUAGGGUCCAAGCACUGCUUUGGGGUUGCUCCCUUGCCCAGCUGCGUGGUUGGGGAAGGCCUUGUGGUGCUUACGCACUACCACUGGCCCCAGGGAAUGUGUCCCCCCGGCAGAGCAGUAGAGGUGGGGAGCCCGCACUCACAAGCACAGGAGGCCAGGCUCACACAGUACAUCCCCUCUGGCAGCGCCUGCCCACUGUCCUGUCCUAAGGAGCAAGGGGACAGCAGCCAGCCUGACACAGGAGGAAGCUGGGCCCUGGCUACCUGGGUUGUCUGCUGUAGGAGCUCUGAGGUCUUUAGCAGCCUGGGCCCCAUUUCCUCUCCACUCUCAGCCAGGGCCUGUUCAACACAGACUCACCCCCCUGCACAUUCUCACUGAAGUGGUCCUCGAGCCUAGGGAGGCCACCCAGCAAGACAGAGGCCUUUACCGCACCUAGGCCAAGCUGCUGCCAGCCUCUGUGUGCCUCAGGCCUGGUGCUGACCUCUCCAAAGCCAGUCGGGGCAUAUCUAGCACCACGAAGUGCAUGUCCUGGAACACGAGGAAAGAAGAUCCCCCACAGCAAAGCUGGCAGAGGGACUCCUUGGCCAGCCAGCCACGAAGUCCAUAGCAUUUGGGACGUGCCUUCAGCUUCUUUUGAAGAGGUGCUUUGAUUUCGUACUGUCUCAGGUGCACAGAACAGAGCCGAUCCUCUGCGCUGUGGAAAAACAAGCCCCCAGCCAGGCCGUCUUCUCCCCACCCAGGAGGCCAUGCUUCAGGUGGUGCAGUGUGGUCUUAUAAAAACACUCCCCCACACUCCUCACAGUGGCUUCUCUGCAGCACAACAAAACUGGCAAAUCCAACAGGUGAAGGGCGAGGCACUGGACUCCAGGACAGGGUUUGGUUUAGUUUUUUUUUCUUUUU